CGCGCCGCCUCCGCGCUCUUUCUCUCUCCUCGCGACGCCGCCGUUGGGAGCCCAGCCCGGUGCCCCCAACUCCUAUCAGACCCUAAAACCAAAAAAAUACCCAAAAAUCCCAAAAAACCCGAAAAAAUUCUGGAGAUGGCGGCGCAGGCGGCGGGCUCCGCGUCGGAGGGCGGCUCCCCGGCCGCGGCUGCGGCAGCUGCGGCGGCGGCUGCGUUCCCGGCGACCUCGCUGUACGUGGGGGACCUCCACGAGAGCGUGCAGGACGCGCAGCUCUUCGACGUCUUCAGCCAGGUCGGCAGCGUCGUGUCCGUGCGCGUCUGCAGGGACAUCACCUCCCGCAAGUCGCUCGGAUACGCCUACGUCAACUACAACAACCCGGCUGACGCUGCACGGGCACUGGAACUGCUUAACUUCACUCCCAUCAAUGGGAAGCCUAUCAGGAUAAUGUAUUCUAACCGUGAUCCCAGCUCGCGCAAAAGUGGUGCAGGAAAUAUAUUCAUUAAGAAUCUUGAUAAGUCAAUAGACAACAAAGCUUUAUAUGACACAUUCUGUGUGUUUGGAAACAUCCUCUCGUGUAAAAUUGCAACAGAUCCUUCUGGAGAAUCAAGGGGCUACGGCUUUGUUCAGUUUGAGAGGGAUGAGGCCGCUCAGGCUGCCAUUGAUAAACUCAAUGGGAUGCUUAUAAAUGACAAAAAAGUGUAUGUUGGGCCAUUUGUUCGUAAGCAGGACAGGGAUAAUGUUUCAAGCAAUAUCAAAUUCAGUAAUGUUUAUGUAAAGAAUCUGUCUGAGACUGUAACUGAUGAUGAGUUGAAGGAGAUGUUUGGAAAAUACGGAACCAUAACUAGUGCUGUUGUUAUGCGGGAUGGUGAUGGAAAAUCCAGAUGUUUUGGAUUUGUCAAUUUUGAGAAUUCGGAUGAUGCUGCUGUGGCUGUUCAAGAGUUGAAUGGCAAGGUAUUCGAUGAUAAGGAACUGUAUGUUGGAAGAGCACAGAAGAAGUCGGAAAGGGAGUCGGAGUUGAAAGAAAAAUUCGAGAAGAACCUUCAAGAGGUAGCUGAUAAGUACCAGAACACCAACCUGUAUCUGAAAAACUUGGAGGACAGUGUUGACGAUGAUAAGUUGCGUGAGCUCUUUGCUGAAUAUGGUACUAUUACUUCCUGCAAGGUUAUGCGGGAUUCGAAUGGUGUCAGCAGAGGCUCUGGAUUUGUUGCUUUCAAAUCUGCUGAAGAUGCUACCCGAGCUCUCAUGGAAAUGAAUGGCAAGAUGAUUGGCAGCAAACCACUUUAUGUUGCACUUGCACAACGCAAGGAAGACAGAAAGGCAAAGCUACAGGCACAGUUUUCACAGAUGCGUCCUGUUGCAAUAGCUCCUUCAGUUGGUCCUCGCAUGCCUAUGUUCCCUCCUGGUGUUCCUGGAGUUGGUCAGCAGCUGUUUUAUGGUCAGCCACCUCCAGCCUUUAUCAACCCUCAGGCUGGAUUUGGCUUCCAGCAACCUCUCAUGCCUGGGAUGAGGCCUGGUGGUCCAAUGCCAAACUUUAUCAUGCCUAUGGUUCAGCAGGGACAGCAACCGCAGCGUCCAGCUGGUAGGCGUGCUGGCGCUGGCGGAAUGCAGCAACCCAUGCCAAUGGGUGGUCAGCAACAGAUGUUUCCUAGAGGUGGUCGUGGCUACCGCUAUCCCACUGGACGUGGAAUGCCUGAUCCUGGCAUGCAUGGUGUUGGCAGUGUGAUGCCAUCUCCAUAUGAGAUGGGUGGGAUGCCUCUUAGAGAUGCUGGUCUGUCACAGCCUAUUCCAAUUGGUGCACUAGCCACUGCUCUUGCUAAUGCACCCCCUGAUCAGCAGAGACUGAUGCUUGGUGAGAACCUAUAUCCUCUUGUUGAUCAGCUGGAGCAUGAGCAGGCUGCCAAAGUGACUGGCAUGCUUCUGGAGAUGGACCAGACCGAGGUCCUGCACCUGCUGGAGUCACCAGAAGCUCUCAAGGCCAAGGUUGCUGAAGCCAUGGAGGUUCUCCGCUCCGCUCAGCAUCUCCAGCAGACCAACGCCUCCCCUGAGCAGCAGCUGGCAAAUCUCUCGCUGAACGACGGUGUCAUUUCCAGCUGAGUGACCUUGUUGUUCCCGACUUGAGAUGGCAGGAUGGUGGCAACUUUUGCACCUUAACUAUCUUAUCCUAUCUAGAGCGCAAAUGACUUGGUUUAUUGGAGUUUUAGCUAUAUAAUUAGCAGAACUAGGGGUUUUAGGAUUUUCGUGGAUUGGUUGUUUUGUAUGGAUUGGUUGUUGUCAUCCUUUUGUUGCCAGAGCUAUUUUGUUGGUUGGUUGGAUAAUGUGCUCUCGAUGUUUGCUUCGCCAGGUCACUCUGAUCUGCUUGCUGGUAGUAAUAUUGUCGAGACGAUGCUGGUUAUUCCCUGA